ACGCGCUUAAAUUUGGGCACCCCCGCUUCCCGUAGCCUGCGUCCUCAACAUGGCGGCCUCCCAAGAUGUCCACGUCCGUAUCUGUAACCAAGAGAUUAUCAAAUUCGACCUGGAGGUGAAGGCGCUUAUCCAGGAUAUUCGAGAUUGUUCAGGACCAUUAAGUGCACUUACUGAACUGAAUACUAAAGUGAAAGAGAAGUUUCAGCAGUUGCGGCACAGGAUACAGGAGCUUGAGCAGUCAGCUAAAGAGCAAGACAGAGAGUCGGAGAAGCAAGCUCUGCUCCAGGAAGUGGAGAAUCACAAAAAGCAGAUGCUCAGCAAUCAGACCUCAUGGAGGAAGGCUAAUCUCACUUGCAAAAUUGCUAUCGACAAUCUAGAGAAAGCAGAACUUCUCCAGGGAGGAGACCUCUUAAGGCAAAGGAAAACCACCAAAGAGAGCCUGGCCCAGACGUCCAGUGCCAUCACGGAGAGCCUCAUGGGGAUCAGCAGGAUGAUGUCCCAGCAGGUCCAGCAGAGCGAGGAAGCCAUGCAGACUCUAGCCAAUUCUUCCCGGACUAUCCUGGAUGCAAAUGAAGAGUUUAAGUCCAUGUCAGGGACCAUCCAGUUGGGACGGAAGCUUAUCACAAAAUAUAAUCGCCGAGAGCUGACGGACAAGCUUCUCAUUUUCCUUGCCCUGGCCCUUUUCCUUGCUACGGUCCUCUAUAUUGUAAAAAAGCGGCUCUUUCCAUUUUUGUAAGAUCUGGAAUUACCAGCUUUUGCCCUUUAAGCUCGUGUCAGGAUCUGUCCAUGCUCCUGAGGUCUGGCCCCGGCUGCCAAACCAGUGCACACCUCUGCAGCCUGUUCCACUUGCUCAGCAGGUGGUUUGCAGACCCAGCCCCCCAGCUUUCUGUAGGCAGCUGGUUGGCCUAUAAAGGGCGAGUAGAGCAAGGGGAGGCCUGUCAUCAGGAUACCUGCAGGACACAGGGACUCCAGGAGCCAUCACACAGUGCGUGUGGCUGUCACAUGGGGCAUGCAGAGGCCAGCCUUCAGGAUUGGAUCCUCCUCUCUCCCCUUCUCCUGCUAUAGCCUUAAUGCCAGAUCUGGUGGAAGGAAGAGAGAAGUGGGGAGAAGAAGGAUAAGGAAAACUCAGGCCCAUUCCUUGAAUAAACUUGACUCUAUUUAAUAGAAUGAAAUGCAUGUGGAUUUAUAAGGUAUCCUUCUGGGAAUUUGUGACCUGUUUUUGAUGUCCAGAUUUCUAGAACAUCAACUUAGAUCAUUUAUUUGUUCAUUCAACAAAGGAUUAUUAAGCAACAGCCACAUGCAAUGUCUUAUAGACGUUGCUGACCGUUACAAAUACUUGGUAAAGCAGCUGUGGUUCCUCCCUCAGGGAGCAAGAAGAACAAGAUCUCAUAGGCUCUAAUAAAGCAAGUUACAAAAAGCCCCCACGGGAGGUGGCUGACACCACAUCUGAAAAGGCUCAGGCAGACAUCCUUCUCUUUCUAUGUACAGUGGUGGGCCUGGCCUGGGGGUGUGCCGUGUCUUGGGGGCUGGCCCACAUCUUUCUCUUUGAGGUCCAGAGCUAAAUAUAACCAUGAGAGCGAGCCUAGUGAUAAGCUGAGGCCUGUCUGGGCCUGAGUUCUGUUGAGGCCUGGGGGAUACUGGGGCUCAGGCUGGGAGAUGUUAGUAUCUCCUUGUGCUGUAGGCCUGGCUGGCCUCAUGAAAUCCCAGCCUCCCCACUAUUUAUAGCCCCAGAGGCCCUGGGAGGUGUAAUGUGGAGGCAGAGGGGAAAGUGGAAAGAACAUGGACUUUGAACCUUGGUUUUGAGCCUUGGCUCUACUACUAAGGGACCAUGUGACCAUGGGCAAGUUACCUUUUGUCACUGAGCCUCAGUUUCCCCACCUGUAAAGUGGGGGUGAUAGUCCAUAUAGUCAUUUGUAGAGUCAAUAUGAGAAUCAAACAAGAAUGUACAGUAACAAGUGCAGCUUCUGUCUGACUGGACAGUGGGCUUCCCAAAUGGGGCCCCCUCCAGGACUCUGGGCCCUGAGGUUUCCUGCAGCGAACAGGCUUUAAUGAAAGCUGGCCUGGGCGUCGGAAGUUCUGUUAGAUCAGCUUGAGCAGAGGGAGGGUGUGAACAGUUACGGCUUCAGUUACAAAGUCCGGAUUGUCGUGGGACCAAGUGUGUAAGAGAUUGGCUGCACACCUCAGACUGAGUAGUUUAAUGAACAGGUUCUAAGUUGAAGUGUGUGUGUGUGUAUUUGUACACACACACUUCCAUAUAUAUAUAUCAUUCUUAAACAAUUUCUGGACUGAGAAGACACUCAGUGCAAAAUGUGUAUGCAUGUGUCUUAUUUAUAGUCAAGUUAAAGCUGAGAAUAAAGCACAGAUGGGAAAUUCCCACUCAGAUUCCAGCUGUAAGUGCAGCAGAUGGAUGUUAUCAAUUUAGGAUUUUCUUGUCUUAACAUUUUUCUUUACUACUUCCCACUAAUUGUCAACAUCCUCCUUACAAUAUGGGAAUGUGUGGGCUCUGUACUCCUUAAAAAAAUCUCCCUUUGACUUUAUUCUUCUUUAACUUGUUUCCUUCUGCAAAUAGGUUGAAUUUGAAGUGUCAUCAAUAGCAUUAUAUCUUGCAGCCCCAGUCAGCCAGCCACCGGGAUUCAAAAUGAUCCCCAGGUGGGCUGGCUGGGCAGAAGCAGCCAGCGCCAUAUUCAUCCGUGAGGGGGCAGUGUUCACAUUUGUUCUAUGAUCUUGCUGUGUUUAGGACUCUCCAUCAGUCCACAUGGAAUGUUCUUAUGGAUUUUUUUUUUUUUUUUCCAGAUACCAGACUUUAAAAAAAAAGCCAUACAAAUGUACAAAGUCCACCUAUAUAGUUUUUGGGAGAUGUUUCAUAAAUGGUUUUAAUUCUCACUGUUAACAGUAACGUAAACUUGUAUUCUACAUUUUGCUUAGAUGAAGGUCAAGGAGCUAAAAGGACAGAGCAUCUGUCAAGAGGUCGUUCAUUCAAGUAUUUACUGAGGACCUACUUUGUACCAGGCACUGUGUUAGGUACACUCAGUGAACGAAACAAAGAUUCCCUGUUGUCAUGGAACUUAUAUGUGGCGGAGGGUGGCCAGAUGAUAAACAAUUAAGAUACUAAAUAAGUCAUUCAUUCUGUUAGGAAAAUAAGCAUCUUAGGGAAAAGUGAAGCUGGCUAAUGGAGAUCUGGAAUAUAGGUGAGGGGAUAGGUUUGCGGUAUUAAGUAGGGUGGUCAGAGCUGGCCUCAUUGAGGAGAUAAGAUUUGAGCAAAGGCCUGUUGAGGAUGGAGACACCAUAGCCAUGUGGACUGCUGAGGGAGGAGGGUUCCACACAGGCCAGCUAGAGCUAGUGCAAAGGCCUACAGUGGGAGCAUCUGCGAUACUGUGAUUUAUCGUCAGAAAUAUAUAUUUGGUGUCCCCGGUCCUGGCACAGAGCUGCUAAAGCCCUUGGACUUUCCUACAAUGAGAGUGAUAAAGGUUUCUUUUGUUAUCUUCAUGAGGCAACUUUUGGAAAGCACUAAGGAUGGGGCUGGUUGCCAGUGGGCCUCAGAGGAGGGGAGGGGGCUGGAGAUUGAGUUCUGUCACGAGUGGCCAGUGAUUUAAUCAGUCAUGCCUGUGUAAUGAAGCCUCCACGGAACCCAAAAGGAGGGGCGCCUGGGUGGCUCAGUCGUUAAGCGUCUGCCUUCAGCUCAGGUCAUGAUCCCAGGGUCCUGGGAUCGAGCCCCACAUUGGGCUCCCUGCUCGGCGGGAAGCCUGCUUCUCCCUCUCCCACUCCCCCUACUUGUGUUGCCUCUCUCGCUGUGUCUCUCUCUAUCAAAUAAGUAAAUAAAAUCUUUAAAACAAAAAACCAGAAGGACUGGAUUCAGAGAUCUGGGUUGGUGAGCACGUGGAGAUUGAGGGAGGGUGGUGCACUUGGAGAGGGCACGGAAGCUCUGUGUUCUUUCCUCAUGCCUUUCCCUGGCAUCUCUUUCAUCUGUCCCUGAAUUAUAUCCUCUUGUAAUAAAUUGGCAAUCUAGUAAGUAAAAUGUUUCCUUCAUUUCUGUGAACCUCUCUAGCGAAUUAAUCAAACCUGAGGAGGAGGUGCUCAUGGGAAUCUCCCAUCUGUGGCCUGCUAGUCAGAAGCCCCUGUGACAAUCUAGACUUGUGAUGGGCAGCUGAAAUGGGGGUGAGGGGUGGGGUCGCAGUUUUGUGGGAUUGAGCCUUUAACCUGUGGGAUCUGAUGACCAUGUGGGUAGUGUCCGAAUUGAGUUGAAUUAUAGGACACCCAGCUAGAACUGAUUGUUGGUGUGGGGAAAAAACCCAUACAUCGGAAAUGCAUCCAUGCAUGCACUGGAGCAUGACUGAUGGGGGAAUAGCAAGGAAGCUAGUGUGGUUAGAGCAGAGUGUGAGGAGCAGUAGAGAAGUAGCACAGGACAUCAGAGUGGGAACAAAAUCAUGCGAAGCCUUAUAGGUCAUUGGAAUGAUUGAGCUUGUACUUUGAGGAACAUGGGGAGCCACUGGAGCAGAGGAGUGACUUGAUAUGACCCACGUGUUGAUAACAAAGUGAACAAGACAAGUACAGAGCAGGGUGGCCAGUUGGGAGGACCAUUGCAGGUGUCCAGGUAGCAGAUUGAUGGUGGCUUAUACCUGGCUGAGCAGUAGAGGUGGUGAGAAGUAGUCAUAUUCUGGAUAUAUUUUGAAGAUAGAACCAAUAAGAUAAGGUUUCUUGAAGGGUCUCAUUCUUGAAGGAAUGAGAGCCAAAACUAGGAAAUUCCUUUUUUUAAAAUGUCCUUUUAUUUUUAAGUAAUCUGUACACCCAACAUGGGGCUUGAACUCACAACCACUGAGAUCAAGAGCCGCAUGCUCUACCAAGUGAACCAGCCAGGCACUCCAAAACUAUGAAAUUCUUGGCCUACGUAACAAGGAGGAAAAGAUCAGGAGUUGGGUUUUGGCCAUGUUGGACUUGAGAUGUCUAAUUAGACCGCCUAGUCAAGAUGCCAGGUACACAGGUGGUUAUGUGUGAGUCUGGGGUUUGGGAGAGCAGUCAGGGCUCAUGGUAUAAAUUUGAAAGAGGGCACAUAGAUGGGAUUUAAAGCCAUGAGGUUGGAUGAGCUCGCCCAGAGAUUUGAGUAUAGAUAAAGAAGAACUCACGACAAAAAAGAGGAGCCAGCACAUGAGACUAAGGAGGAAUGCCCAGAGACAGAGCCACGGUUACCAGUGAGACUUUUUAGGGAGUCUGUUCUUUUAAAAAUCCCCCAAAUAGGAGACUUUCUGAUCUACAAGAGUCUGUGUUUUUCAUCCUUGUCUUCAUCGUUGUCAUCGUCACUCUCAUCAUCAAAAGCAUCUACUGUUUGUUGAGUUCCGGCUGUGUGCGAGAUCCCUGAGGACUGCACAUAAAUGCAGUUCCCCCUUGCCUUUUAGGACAGCACAGAAUGACAGUGGUGCCUGUGCACUGGCUGCCGUAGGGGACCUGUGGAGGGAGGGAGCAUUCCUCUGUGACAGGACGGGGAAGGUUGUGCCUUCCCCCUUGAGCCCUGCUCUGUCUUCUCCCCUUUACUGCUCAACUUCUGUGACACGGUCUGUGUCCUCAUCACCCACUUCCCGGCCCACUUAAGUCUUAUUGCUGCGACGGUCCCACUCUCUCAUAAACAAGCCUCCCUGGGGUCAUCAGUUACCUCCAGGCUGUUCAUCUGAAGGAUGUCUGCCCCACCUAUCUCAUCCUUAGCAGUUGUUGACCAUGGUGGGCAUUGUUCCUCCCAGAAACCUGUUUCUGUGAUACCACACUCUAGGUUUUCCUCUUGUUCUCUGGCAACUCCUGCUCACUCUUCUUUCUUCAUCUUCUCUUCAGCCUUAAGUGCUGGCUUACCAGAGCUUCUUCCCUCUUCUCCUUCUAUGUAUUCCCUCACAGGCAAGGUCAUCCUUAUCCACCCCCACCCCCCCGCCC